AAACCGAUAAAAGGUGAAACAUGCUGUUGAUAAUCAACAAAAUAGCAAUACAUUUAAGAAACCCAUCUUCUUUUAAUUGAUUUAGAAAUGCAUUUACGAUUUAUCACAACAUGUUUCGGAUGCUGUCAGACACGAUUAUCAUUUCUAAACAUCCAGAGACCACUUUUGGAAGCAGUGCAAGUGGCCUCCACUGGCUCCAGACAGCUAUGCUUAUCUUCAGUAGAAAGGAAGCCAUUCUUUGUUACAACUCCAAUUUAUUAUGUGAACGCAGCUCCGCACAUGGGCCACCUGUACUCCAGUGUGAUAGCAGAUGCAACAGCCAGGUACCAGCGAUUGAAGGGAGCUGAUGUUAUGUUCUCCACAGGUACCGAUGAACAUGGGCUCAAGAUUCAGCAAGCAGCUACACAGACCAAAACCUCACCAGACUUGUUUGUAUCCAAAGUUUCACAGUCUUUCAAGACGAUGUUCGAUGGGUAUCACAUUGGGUACACAGACUACAUCCGCACAACAGAGGAGCGACAUCAUAGAACAGUAACACAUGUCUGGAAUGAGUUAGUAAGGCGUGGCCAUAUCUACAAGGGUGAUUAUGAGGGCUGGUAUUGUGUGUCGGAUGAGGCGUUCCUUGGAGCUGACGAUGUUGUGGACAGAACAGACAAACAUGGAAACACUAUCAAGGUAUCAGUGGAGAGCGGUCACCAGGUGACGUGGAUGAAGGAGGACAACUACAUGUUCUCGCUGUCACGGUUCAAGGACCAGCUCCAUGCUUGGCUCGAUAAAGAUGUGAUUCAGCCACAGAUGUUUGAUUCAAAUGUUCGUCGAUGGGUGGAUGACCUUCGUGACCUCUCAGUGUCAAGGUCAAAGUCUCGUCUGACCUGGGGAAUCCCAGUACCAGGAGACAAUACACAGACAAUUUAUGUUUGGUUGGACGCAUUACUGAACUACCUUACUGUGACUGGAUAUCCAGAUACGGCUGUCUUCCCCUGGCCCCCAGAUGUACAAGUUAUUGGGAAAGAUAUACUCAAAUUCCAUGCUGUAUACUGGCCAGCAUUUCUCACUGCCCUGGGGUUAGAGCUACCAAAAAAGAUUUUCUGUCAUUCCCAUUGGAUGGUGGAUGGUGUCAAGAUGUCCAAAAGUCUUGGAAAUGUAGUUGACCCAAUGGCGCUGAAGGAUAAGUACUCAGCCGAAGUACUCAGGUACUACCUUCUGAGAGAGGGAGUACCACAAAAUGAUGGAAACUUUAACGAGAAGGUCGCUAUAGAGUAUGUGAACUCUGAUGUUGUGAACACCAUGGGGAACCUUCUGAGUCGGUGUACAGGAACCAGUCUAAAUCCAGACCAGAUUUUCCCUAGGAGAAACACUGAUGUGUACCAGUCUAGGUUCAACACAGCAGAGAGGGAAACGUUUGAAAAUUUGGAAAUGCUAACAGAGACAGUAGACAACUAUUAUAAAGAGCUCAACUUCUAUAAAGGCAUCGAGAGUGUAAUGUCAUACCUACGAUGGGCAAACUCUGUAGUAACUGUACACGAGCCAUGGAAGCUUGCUAAAUCUCAGGAGGAAGGGGACAAAGCCUAUGUGAAAACGGUCAUCCAUAUUGCCCUGGAAACGUUACGCGUCGGCGGUAUCCUCCUUCAACCGGUUAUACCGGACAUUGCUGCAAGGUUGUUAAAUCGCCUCGGUAUUCCGGCGGAACUGAGAACAUUAGAACAUGCCAAGAAACCGUAUCUGAAUUCACCCGAGCAUUUUCCUUUGGGGCCUAAUGAAGGAGCUUUGUUACGGAGAUUAAAUGUGCCAACAAAGUAGAGAUGCUUUCACUGUUGUUUAUAAAAAAGAUAUAACUAUAUUGAAAAAGCAUAAUAUUUAAAUCUGAUGCACCAUAAUAAAUUAUUAGGCUAUAUAAAUUUUACAAAUAAAUCUUGUGACUUAAGUUUUACA